CACUGAAGCCCAUUGGCCUGUCAUCCCCAAGCCCUGCCUCGCGCUUCUGACGGCACCUCCCUCUGCAGCUUCCCCGCCGCCAGCCGAACGCUAUAUCAGAGACUCAAUCGGAGUGGUCCGUUACAUAGCCCGGUCACUCAACACUAAUAGCCUACUACACGAAGUAUUCUGCGCAUAGGGUGUCAGAGAUCGCCUCUGCUUUUUAAAUUCCACUCGUCCUGCAUGCGCUUCUUGGAUUCUGCACCGUGUGUCUUCAUGAGCGAGCAGCACCCGUACAAGAUUUCACAGUAUCCCCCGAUCCUAGAUCUGCCACUAUGGUUAAAUGUCUUGUUUAAUGGUUGAGAGGUGUGGAGCGAUCUCAUUUGAAAGUCCAGAUCAGAAUGCCAUAUGCAUUCACAUGCUGGGUGAUGGAGGCCUAAGAGGGCAGACAGCAGUAUUGUCCGAGCGUAGGGGGUCAUACCCGUUCAUCGACCUGCGACUGUUAAACACCACUGUUCACCCGGGAGAAAUCGGCACCAAGAAGAAGGUGAAGAGGCUGCUAAGCUUCCAGCGCUACUUCCACGCUUCCAGACUGCUGAGGGGCCUCACCCCCCACACCUCCCUGCACCUGCUGGACGAGGACUACCUGGGCCAGGCCGCGCAUAUGCUGUCAAAGGUCGGAACAUGGAACUUUGACAUCUUCCUGUUCGACCGUCUCACCAAUGGCAAUAGCUUAGUCACACUUCUGUGUCAUCUUUUCAACGUCUAUGGACUUAUUCAUCAUUUCCAAUUGGACAUGGUGAAGCUGCAUAGAUUUCUGGGCAUGGUGCAGGAGGACUACCACAGCCAGAACCCGUACCACAAUGCCGUGCACGCCGCUGACGUCACGCAGGCCAUGCACUGCUACCUGAAGGAGCCCAAGCUGGCACAGUACCUCACUCCAAUGGACAUCUUCCUGGGGCUCAUGGCUGCCGCGGCCCAUGACGUGGAUCACCCGGGGGUGAACCAGCCCUUCCUCAUCAAGACCAAACACCACCUGGCCAGUCUGUACCAGAAUACCUCGGUGCUGGAGAGCCACCACUGGCGCUCCACAGUGGGCAUGCUCAGAGAGUCGGGCCUCCUGUCCCACCUGCCUGCUGACAUAACACAGGACAUCGAGCAGCAGCUGGGGUCCCUCAUCCUGGCCACGGACAUCAACCGGCAGAACGAGUUCCUGGGGCGCUUCAAGUCCCAGCUGGACGGCGACGACAUCAGCCUGGAGGACGCCGACCACCGGCACUUUGUGCUGCAGAUCGCCCUGAAGUGCGCGGACAUCUGUAACCCGUGCCGGGACUGGGAGCUCAGCCGGCAGUGGAGCGAGAGGGUGUGCGAAGAGUUCUACAGACAAGGUGACCUUGAGAGACGGUUUGAGCUGGAGGUCAGCCCCCUGUGUGACCAGCGGUCCAACUCUGUCCCCGUCAUACAGACAGGCUUCAUCACGUUCCUGGUGGAGCCCCUGUUCGAGGAGUGGGCGCGCUUCACGGACAGCAGCCUGCUGGCAGAGUGCAUGCUGGGACACCUGCGGAAGAACAAGGAGCAGUGGGGUCGGCUGCGGCUCGGGGAGCAGGACGCGGCGUGCCCCCCCCCCGGCACGGGGCAGGAGGAGGAGAGUGUCCCGUAGACACCCCCUCCCUGGAUCUCCCGAAAAAAAAGACCCCUUGCUUUUUCCCCGCGGGGGAAAAAAAAACUCCUUCCGGGAUCACAGCCCAUGCGCUGGGCCGUAGCGCGUUCCGCUAAC